UAAUAUGCACCAUUAUCACCAUUAUUCAUUGGGAGUACCGUCUUUGACAAAGUCAAGGAAUUGUGUCUUCGUGUCAAGAGAUUAGGUCAAGAUUACUUUUCGCAAGUUUAUAGCAUAACAAAGAACCUCAUAGCAUUUCGUAUACUACAUGUCUCCCCAUUAUAUUUCCAUGUGAGAAUCUUCAAACACAACGAUCAGCUAAGGAUAUUUUUUUCUCGAAUGACGCAACAGUCGAUAAAGUUUCGUAAAGUGACGCAAAACCCGUUGAAAGCCCUGGAUGAACGAAAUAACUGCCGUAACUGAAGUAUACUCAUAGGUUACGUUACGUAUCGACUGGCACGAACAGCAGACGGCGACUCCCGAUUGGUCGGUUUCACGGGUGUGUCUUGAGGCCCGCCAUCUGUCGGCCAAUGACGUCACUUUAGUUGCAUUGAGCGAGAAGGCAUCGUCCGACGCGCCCACGCGACUCUGUUGCGUCUUUACAUUGAAAUAAACUCUGGAAGCGUGGAAACUUGCGAAAGAUCCAUGGAAAUAUUCGUCGUGUUGUACAGUCCGAUCCCUUAGAAAUUGACGAACACUGAAACAGACAGGACUCAACAAGAGACACGUAACGGCAUUUGUUCUUAAGACACUGGCAAAACAAGCCUCAAUGGCUAAAAUGUCAAUCAAAAUAUACAUUAUAGAUUGUUUCUUCUGCAUUGGAUGUCUUUAUGAUUAAUUUUCAAUUAACUUUGUUGUUACGAGCUGUUCCGAAUUUCAUAAGGAUUACGCCAAUAAUGAAUAGGAGCAGGAUAGACGUUAGUCACGUAACUAAAUACGUGACCAUGGUCACGUGUUGCAACGGUUGGUACCCAGAUUAUUCAUCUGUCUGGAAAUUCUCAAAAACGUUUAUCUGACGUAGGACGAUUUUAUACGAAGUCAGUUUUUUAAGGUCAUGUCUAGUAAUUCCACUGGGAAGAAACGUGACCUUUCACAGUUACAUAUAUUUUUCUAGAUACUUCAUCGGUGAGCGUGCAAAUCUUUAGCCAACGGUCUUAUUGAUUUUGUCGUGUUUUAACAGAUAGAUUCCAACAACGGGAGUAAUAGACUGUAUACAUAUAUGUAUAUAGAAAGCAAACGAUAUCGAUCAAGUAAGCCAGUCUGUUUGUUGGUCUAAAUAACGACGAGAGCAUCAUACGGGUUUCAACUUAUAUCUUUUUAUCGUAAAUCUGUUAUUUAUUAUUAAUAAUGUAUUUAAAAAAAAUAUGAGGUAAAUGUCACAUAACGUUUCUAACACAUAUAUUUGGAUGUUGCACUAUCUACGGAUGAAACAAACCAGCUUCUACCACCGUUUGGAAUCGACGUUAAUAAGGGAUGAAAAUUUCGCGCUUGCGCUUUGUCACACCCGGUAUAUAGGCUCUGGACUUCUACGGCAGGAGGUAUAAGCACUGGGGGAUCGAACAGCUACCCUCAGAAUAGGCAAGCCCGCGCUUCCCUCACGUCACCACAGAGGCACAGCAUGAAAGCCGAAAAGUCCAAAGAGGAUAUCCACGAGGAGCAACCUUCGACGCCUACGGCCCUGGCACCUGCACUCAAAGGUUUGAAUGGCCAUUUAGCAUUCGCUAUCGCAGCAGCUGCGCUUGGAUCAUCUUUCCAACAUGGAUACAACACCGGCGUGGUCAAUGCGCCACAAGAGCUCAUUGAGCACUGGAUCACCGAAAUCAAGACAAAUCGAACGGGAGUGCCGACCGAUAUAUCGGAAGUAAAGAUGAUCUGGUCAAUUGUUGUCUCGAUUUUCUGCGUUGGCGGAAUGAUUGGCGGUUCUUUGGUCGGUACCGUGGCUGAUAGAUUUGGCCGCAAGGGUGGUCUUCUGCUGAAUAAUAUCUUGGUCAUUCUUGCGGUAAUUUUCGAGGGUUGUGCAAAAGCAGCUGCCAGCUUUGAGAUGAUAAUAGUUGGGCGAUUCUUAAUCGGUAUUAAUUCCGGUUUGAAUGCUGGUCUUGCACCUAUGUAUUUGGCUGAAAUAUCGCCAGCACAUCUCAGAGGUGCAGUUGGUACUGUUUAUCAGCUGGUCAUCACAAUAUCAAUCCUGGUGGCACAAAUCCUUGGUCUAGAGCAACUCUUGGGUACUGAUUCUCAAUGGCCGCUUCUACUUUGUUUGACGAUUGUGCCGGCUAUUUUCCAAAUUUUCACAUUACCUAUGUGCCCAGAGAGUCCUAAGUACCUGCUCCUCAGUAAAGGAAAAGAUAUGGCUGCUCAGAGAGGUCUGUCCUGGCUACGUGGAACUAUUGAAGUUCAUGACGAAAUGGAAGAAAUGCGUUCUGAAUAUGAAUCUAUGAAGUUAAUUCCGCGAGUCACCCUUAAGGAACUCUUCUUCAAUUCAGCUCUACGUAUUCCUUUAAUCAUCUGUGUGAUGGUCAUGUUGGCACAACAAUUUUCUGGUAUCAAUGCGGUUAUGUUUUACUCGACGGAGAUCUUCAUAACGGCUAAGCUUGCAAAGGACUCUGCUAAAUUAGCUACAAUGGGUGUCGGUGCGAUGAACGUAGUAAUGACCUUGGUAUCGCUGGUCCUGGUUGAGAAAGCCGGAAGAAAGACGUUACUUCUUGUUGGUUUUAUUGGAAUGUUCAUCGAUACUAUCAUGCUCGUCUUUUGUCUUAAUUUUGCAAAAUCAUCGAAUACGGCUGCUUACCUGUCUAUCGUCCUGGUGAUCAUGUUCGUCGUACUAUUCGCAGUCGGACCUGGAAGCAUUCCCUGGUUCCUGGUCUCAGAAUUGUUCAGUCAAUCAGCAAAACCUGCAGCAACCUCAGUAGCCAUCGCUGUCAACUGGAUCGCCAACUUCAUUGUCACCAUCGGUUUCCUGCCACUUCAAAUAGCUCUCGGGGCUUACGUUUUCGUUAUAUUCGCCGUUCUCCAAGGACUGUUCGCCUUGUUUAUAUACAAGAAGGUACCGGAAACGAAGAACAAGACUAUGGAGGAAAUAAGCAGCAUGUUCAGGCAGAUAUCGUAUCAGUGAGACAAGUGACACAAAUCAAUUUCUCAACCGGAAUGCGAUAUUGGAAUGAAUGAGAGAGUGUAAAAUUCAUAUCCUUUCAAAAGUUGCGACACCUGAGACACGUUAUAGUGCUUGUCACUACGUUUUUCCGUGUUAUUAUCAUUCAUUUUUUCAUCUCCUCCUAUGGAAUUAAAUCAAUUAACUGUUGCAGUACCAUCGUUCGAUUGCUGAAAGAUUUUACUUGGAUCCGCGAUGAUGCGCAAAUUGCUAUUUUUCUUUAGAUGAUUAUAAGUGUUUUUCUUGAGGAGUCGAAAAAGUUGAAUGCCAGGUAGUAAAAAUCGCACUAAAGAAGUCCCGUUUUUGAUUAAAGCCGAUCUUAGUUCCUAUUUAUUUCCGGCACUGCAGAUUCAGUUAACGGCUGCCCAAGACAAUUACGCGUAGCGCACAACCGCACACAAAACACGUGUUGUACUCAGAAGGCAGUUUCAAGAAUUUUUUGUCAAAAUCAUCGAAAUUCGAAUUACAUUUUCAAACGAAGCGGUAAUCUCAGGUCGAAUUGAUAAAUUUCGAAGGAUUUUGACUCUAGUCACGGAAAGAUUUUUAUUUUGCAUUAAUCGGUUCUUUAUUUUAUUUUUCUUGUUUCCUUUUUAUUUUUCGUUUAUCGAUUUUACCUAUCGUAACCGAUUUUCAUCAAUUUUACUGAUGGAUAACCUUCGCGAGUUACGAUCGUCUUCUCAAUGAAGAGAAAGAAGAAAAUAUCGAUAUAUCGUGAACGUAUUACAAAAUGAGUUACUAGGCUAAACUCACGCAUCUUGAUAUAUUUCGGGGAAAAAAGAACAAAAUCUAAGCAUGAAAAGAACAAAGUAACCCGUUGGCACUGUCCAGAGUUCAUUCAACGUUUGAUCGGAACUAAUUUACCAAAUUUAUAUUUACAUUUUCUUCUUUGGCAAAGUCGUACUCCUGAUCAAGGAUCCAAUAUUUUAGCAAAGUGGAUCAGUGUAUUUCGAUGAUGAUGUAUACUGAUCCUAAUAAUUCUAGUUGAAAGAAAAAAAAGAUGUCUCAUGACAGACAAACGUAAGUCGUUUAAAUUUUUUAUCUAGCGUAUUUGGCUGAAUGGAGGACAUUACAUCUUUAGCGUACAAAUGUCUGUGUCAUAAUUGUAAAUAUGAAGGAGUAUAGAAUAAUAGCAUUGUAUAGUAUAGAAAUAAUUAUAUUUAUGUAUACAAAUAGUUAAAUAAUAUUUAAGAGGCAUAAAACAAUGUUAUGUUCCGAUACGGCAACAAUUAUUUUAUUAAGAACGAUAACGAAGUCAGUGCGUAUGCUGAAUAUAUCUCAGGAAAUAGAAAGAAAACGAAACGACAGUUAUUUAACAAAAGUAUCAAUUAUUUUUCUCUUGCUUGAGAUAACAUUUUUUAAAGGUAUUCUAGUUCAAACUUUCUUACCGUAAGGAGUAUAUAGAAAAACUGACAGAAUACUCAAGAAAAAUCUGAACUAUUUCCAUUUAAUGUUAUACUCUAGAGUCUCGAAAUAAAUUAAUUAAUUCAUCCGCUAACUAUAAGAAAAAUAUCAUAUCGCUAUUUUACAAUUUUAUUUUAACCUGAGACGAAUAUUUCACUGAGAUAUUUGAAAAGACUGUUAUCGCGUGCUGUAAUUAUCACGGGAAAAAUUUUGGGUCACAAAAGCCUUUCUCGGGGAAUAUGACCUAUUCCAUUUAAAAAGAAAUUCUCACCGUGUAUAGUUGAGCGUGAUCUUACAACAGGAUAUUACGAGUGUACAAGUUUUACGAGCGCCACAUUAUGAACUUACAAAAUAAGUUUUUUGCAACACAGUUGUAGCAUUUAGUUUGUAGAACGUUCUUUUAUAUUUGAGACCAGCAUCUUUACAACAUUUACAACCGUUUACUCAUAUGGAUUGUAGCUUAACCAACUCUUAGUCCUGUAGCAUGAAUGUCAUCUGUUAAUGUUUCAUCUAUCAACUAAUUCAUGCACAAACAGAAGUUAUCGUUUAUUAAAUCAUUUUAAUUUAAUACUAUUUGGUACAACUCAGCACUCGCAUCUUACCUAUCGCGUGUUACAUAGAUCUGUAAUAUGCUAGGAAUCACAUAAUUUUUGAUGCCAAUAUAUUGUUGUCCGAAUAAAGAAAAUUCUUUACAUCGUACCAUUAAA